AUGGUUUAUGAGUUUGUUGGGAGAAUGAUACUAAGUCAGUGUUUACACAGUUUUAUGGGAGAAGCUACGACAUCUUUAUCUGAAGAUAUGCAAACUAAGAUCAAUGAGAUACACCAACGAAUGACGCGAGAACCUGACGUUGCUUCAUACUCAACUAUGGAUUUAGAGAAGUUGGAACGCUUUCGCAUACAUACCGGAAUUGAGAUCAGGGCUUUGGACUAUCAUGCAUCUUCAAGUAGGGAUAUAGAUGCUUAUGAUUGGACAGAUUAUCCCGAAAAUCAUCCAUCGCAACGAAAACGGAUCAUUGAGUACCUCAACAAGCAUCUUCAACCGAACCUUCCUCAUGGAAUCAUUAUACUUGACGUCAUAGAUAAAAGGGACUUUCUUAAUAUAUACAAUAAUCCAGUGAUACCAUUUGAUACUCGGGGUGGAACAGACGUUGCCUUGGUAGAUGAGAGCUAUGUCAAGGCCUCAAUUUCUAGGGCUGGAAUUCGCGGGGUAGUGGAGCUGAAGAAAAUGGUACAGGAGAGUCAUGUGCCGCAGAUUGUCAUGGAAAUGGUGGGAGCUGACCUCCUUGUAAAUGAAGACAGUAAAGUGUUUGGGUUAUUGACAGACUUAGGAGAUGUGUGGAAUUUUUAUUGGGUUGGAGAGGAAAAGGAGAUUGUGACAGUCAACAUAUCGCAUCGUAAGGCAGCUUUGAAUUUUAUUAGCAAGCUCACCUUAGUAACUGACCGACAAAGCGACAGGGGUUUUCAGAUACCUGGUUUGUCAACAAGAGUUAAACGUACGAAAAUUCGACAUGUCUGUGAUAAUAAUUUUGAGGAUUAUCCUGAUGAAGAUAUAGGUAGGAUAGAGGAUUUUUAUGAUGAAAUGGAGUAUGAAGAAAUAGUUAAACAUAAAAUGGACAAAGCCGCCUCCAUGAUUAAGAAUACUCCGAUAUUUCAAACAUUUAUGCUUAGGCAAAUGUGA